GUGAUUGAGGGUGUAAUUUUCCACCGCGAAGCCGCAAAUUCGACUCACGUAUAUUGCUUUCGAGGUCUAAAAAAAUCCAAACCAUAUUCCUUUCCAUAUAUAAAUUUGAGAAUAACCUAGGAAGAAUAGGGUUUCUUGUGACCUAAAUUAAUGUUCCUUCCUCCCCACCAAAACUAUAGCAAUGUUGGGAAAAAAAAUGGCUGAACACCCCCCAUCUCUUUGAUUUUACAUCCAACGUCUCUAGAAGUUCUUGCAAUCUGAAAAUCAAAUCGCCAUAAAUAGUGCCGUUUUUCAUUCAACUUCGCCGGGGGGCCGUUGGCCCUCUCUUCUCCGCCGUGCGACGGCGGCUAUCGCGGCCAUUAAUCCGUGCCCUCUUCAAUGGAAGGAUGUUUGGUUCCGGAGGACGAGUCUUCUUCUGUUGAUGUCUGCUACAUCCUCCGUCAGCUUCAACACGUCGGCUUCUGCUCUGCUCUCGAUCCCAUCACCGACGUCUCUCGGUUCGAGCAGAUUCUCUCGGUUUUCUUAAAGGAGCUUCACUGCAAGAGUGACAUCCGGCCAUUCCCGGCCAUGCUUGGCGAUGGGAGGCCGAUAGAUUUGCACAAGCUGUACCUUCUGGUUUCUAAGAGAGGCGGAUACAAGUCCGUGACGGCUAACAAGGCUUGGGCUGUGGUGGCGGAAGAACUCGGAUUGGAAUCGGCAAUUGGGUGUCCCUUGAAACUGAUCUAUGCCAAGUACCUGAACUUGUUGGAGCGUUGUUUGCAGAGGGUUGCAGCCAGCAGGUUGGGAGGCUAUUCGGCUUCUGAAGAGAAUCUGGGAGUGUUGAUGAGUGAUUCUGAGUCUGAAGUUAGAAGUCUUUUCAAGGAGAUUCUGAAACAGAAGAAGAAGGAUGGUGUGGAUUUCGCACUGUCGCCGCAUUCAAAGAGGGAUCAGUUCUUGACUCGAGCAAGACAGAAGGAGCCAAUGUUGCUGCUUGAAAAUGCCAAAUGUGUUGGUCGAAAUGAUUCUAGUGGUUUGGGUUCGAAGUUGGCGAACGGGAGUUUCUCAUCUCUUAAGAGGAAAAGGGAGCCAAUGGCGAGCAUGUUGAAUUGGGUGAAAACUGUAGCAAAAUGUCCUAUUGAUCCUUCUACAGUAAAGAUUCGGCCAUCAGAUGGCCUGAAAGAUAUAAAAAAUUUGGUCGGUCUGCAAUAUUCUCUUGCAUUUCAAGCACGGAAGGCGUUAUUUCUUCAAAAGUUCCAAGGCAAGGACAUUGAUGCAUCUGCCUCUCAGAAAGGGCAGAAGAUGAAUCUUUCCAUUUAUGAGGACUGUAAUGGGGCUUCUAAUCCAAAUCUUCAAAUGUCAAGAUGCACCCAAAACACCCAUUCCAAGCCAUCUUAUUCUGGUUCCUGUUCAAAAUCUUCCACAGUAUUUAUGGCUGAGAAGGAUAAAGGUCUCAAUAAUAAUGCAAAUGAGGCCAACAAAUUCAUUUUAACACGAAGGAGUUAUGUACUUCCAGAUUACUUGGCUGAUUGUGCUCCACAACGUAUACCUGUGGGUUCAUCCUUUCAAGCAAGAGUGUCAUCUUGGUCCACCAAGCCUGCUACUCCGUAUGAUUCCGACGACUUGAAAUGGUUGGGAAGACGCAUCUGGCCUCCAGAAAGUCUCAAAAAAAAUCUUCCAACCCCACCAAAUCUAAUCGGGAAAGGAAGAGAAGAUAGCUGUAAGUGCAGAAAUCCCGGCUCAGUCGAGUGUGUGAGAUUUCAUGUCGCAGAGAAGCGUCUUCAGUUGAAAUGCGAACUGGGCGCAGCCUUUUAUGCAUGGAGAUUUCAUUUAAUGGGUGAAGAAGUUGCGCUGUCGUGGAAAGAGGAAGAAGAGCAGCGAUUCAAGGCUGCGUUCCGUCUGAAUCAACCGCCGCGUAGCCAAACUUUCUGGAAACAGCUUCGCCUGUGUUUUCCGAGAAGAGAAAACCGAGCCCUGGUGAGCUAUUACUUCGACGUGUUUCUCCUCGCACGCAGAAGUUAUCAGAAUCGAGUGAGCCCGAAGAACGUUGACAGCGAUGAUGAGGAAACAGAAUUCGAGUUUCUAAGUUGCAAUUUUGGUUAUGGCGCGAUGAGAUUUCAUGAUCCGAGAUCCAUUAUAUGCUCUCAGAAUUUGCAGUGUGUUGAUUUUGGGUGAUCAGCUGUGUCUUGCAGAUAACAGAGGACCGUUGGGAGGAGUUUUUCUCCAUUUUUGGAGCAACGGUUAUAACUUAUGAGAGGUUCAGAAGUCUUUGCGCAGGGAAGAUCAGGCCAAAGGGUGAGAGGAACACCUAAAAGGUCUAUUUGUUAGGAACGAAACACAACUGAAACGGAGAGAAACCGUGGAGCUGAUGUAGACCGGCGCCGACGGCUCCAAAGUCCAGAGAAGCGACGAAAAGUGGCGCUGAUGGCGCCCAGACCAAUGCCAACAACACCCGGGACGGUUGUGGACCAAUUUUUGGCGG